GAGCGCGGCGCGAGCAGCAGCGGCGGUAGGCCACACUGGCACGCAGCGACAUAUCCGGAUGGCGUCACACGGCGGUGCGGUGCCCGCGUCCACCCCGCGCGGACUCCAGGAAGCUUGAUUGGCAGCAGCCGGCACGGCAGCAGUGCACAACUGCGCGCGCCCCAACGCCGCCUGUGUCGGCUCGGAAAAGUCAGCAGCAACGUCACUUGCAGGCGUCUCCAGACCAGGUGCAUCGCUAGCCCGCACGCAGCCCUGCUGUUGCCAAGGCCUAGAGCGCGUCCGCGAAAUUUCUUCAGCGUCUGCAGGUCGCUGGACAGCCGCACUAGCCAGCGGCCACAUCCGAAUCCUCCACCCAGCACGACAACAGCCGACGGCCGCGGAUCCAGCCCGCACACUCUCGCACCGCGCCACUAUGCCCGCCAUCCGGGGACAGGACUCGAAGAAGAAGACGCGCAGGCACACGCGCGACCUCGACCAGGUGCACGCCGACCUGCGCGACGAGAAGCAUCUUGCCGAGUUCAAGGAUGCAAAGCCCGUCGAAGACCUGCCUGGCCUGGGCGAGAACUACUGCCUCGAAUGCGCAAAGUUCUUCGAGAGCGAGGCCAACAUGCUGGCGCACAAGAAGGGCAAGGUGCACAAGCGCCGCGUCAAGGCCCUGAAGGAGGAGCCGUACUCGAUCAAGGAAGCAGAGGCUGGCAUGGGCUUCACCACCGACAACGGCAAGCGCACCACCACUGCGCCCGCGCCCAUGGAGGUCGACAACGCCGCGUGACGUGCUGAGCCAGGCGCAGUGUUCAGGCUUGUUGCUUGACGGCGCUGACACGCAGGCCGCCGGCGGCGACCACGGGUGUAGAGUUGGUGCGAGCGUGCCAGUAGAAGGCCAGUAGAAGGCCAGUAGAAGGCCAGUAGCACGGCCAGCACAGCCAGCACGGCCAGAUCCUGGCAGGCGCAGAGGCCUGCUGUCUGCUGCCUGCUGU